AUGCGUUACGCCCAGAUUCUUGGCAGUGCUGGCGCAUUUGCCGGCUAUGUUCUUGCUCAAGGUGAGGCACAAUCUACUGUAGUAUACGAUGCGGAAACAAAGAUUACCUACUCUUCCUAUACGGAUCCGGGCACAGGAAUGACUUUUGGUGUCGCUCUCCCCAAAAAUGUCACAGAUCCCUAUGAUGCCAUCAUCAGGAUCACAGCUCCGGUCGCCAAUAGAUGGGUCGGUUUCUCAUGGGGUGGUGAUAUGGUCUGGAAUCCUUUGAGCGUUUCCUGGCCGAAUGGACAGUCUGGAACGAUAUCGGCUCGGUUUGCCUUUGGUAUAUCUAUGCCACUUGGAUACGAUGGGGCCGAGCACACCUAUCUCAAAGGAACGAAGACCAACAACACACACUGGACAGUCAAUGCGCUGUGUAAAGGCUGCACUGGGUGGCAAAACAACGAAGACACGCGAUACGCCUUGAAUGGUACCAGCACAACUCAGUUCGCGUGGGCGUACGGUACCUCUGCAGUCGAGAACCCAGCCCGGAACGACUCUGCCUUUAAUGUUCAUGAAGCCUAUGGCAAAUGGAUCCAUAACCUAGAUGCUGCCCGCAUCGAUAAAUUUGAGUCUCUCGUAAAGGCCAACCUGCUAACGGCACCUGUAGCCAGUCCUUCCCCAACCACCGUUGUGACAAGCGUGGUGUCAUCACCAUCUGCGACCACCAAGCCAGCACCCGCUGCCAUUCCAGCGUCUUGCUCUGGCGCUGGCAGCCCUGCGUUUCAGGGUAAUCUAGCGUCUGGAUGGAAGGCUACUAAGAUUGUAGGGGGCCUGACUAGCCCCCGUAGCAUUCAGUUUGACAGUGCUGGCAACAUGUUGGUUGUGCAGUCUGGCAAGGGGAUUUCGUACCACAAGAUGGGCUCGGAUGGCUGUAUUACAUCCACCAAGAUGUUGAUGUCUCAGAACAACCUGAACCACGGUAUUGCCAUGAGCCCUGAUGGAAAGACACUGUACGCGAGCUCCAUGACUCAGGCUUACUCAUGGCCAUAUGAUGCCGCCGCCGGUACGCUUGGGACGCGGACGACCAUCAUAACAGGCAUGUACAACGGUGGCUCCCACUUGACACGUACACUUGCCAUCGCACCGCAGAGCCCAAAUCUGCUUAUCGUUUCUCACGGCUCCAAUGCAAACAUCGAUACAGCCACUUCAGACCCAAAGACUGGUCGUGCAAUCAUCAAAGUCUUUGAUCUUUCCAAGAUCCCUAGCGGAGGAUACAACUACGUCUCCGGUGGCUACACUGCCGGCUACGGCCAACGCAACGAAGUAGGCAUCUGCUUCGACAAAAACAACAUGCUCUGGGGUGUAGAAAACAGCGGUGACGACUUCAAGCGUAACGGCAAAGACAUCCACCUCAACAACCCCGGCGAGAAGAUCCAUUACAUGGGGGACGUAACCAAACCCAAUAACAACUGGUACGGCUACCCGUCCUGCUUCACCGUCUGGCAGCCCAGCGACUUCACCGACAAGACGUUCAAAGUUGGUGACUGGUUUACCCAACAGCCCACCACCUCCAUGAACGACGACACUUGCGUCCAAAAAGCCACGCCACCUAAACUAACCCUCUUCCCACACUCCGCACCCAUCGACUGCAAGUUCGACGCCGACAGCACAACAAUGUACAUUACUUACCACGGUAGCUGGAACAGGCAGCCCGUCACAGGAUUUAAGCUUGUUGCUGUGCAGUUCAAGGUUGGGGCAGAUGGGAACUACACGCCCGUGGAGCCCCUGACGAGUACGACGGCGGCAAAAGAUAUCUUUUACAAUCCGGACGUUACAAAGUGUGCUGGGAAUGGGCCAAGUUUUAGCUCAGGCUGCUUUAGGCCGGCCGGGUUGGCGUGGGAUGCCAAUGGGAGGUUGUUUAUGACCUCUGAUGUUUCGAGUAAUGGCGAAGUGUGGGUGUUGGGGAGGUCGUAG